UUUGCCUGUUGCAGUCGUAGACAGAGUUCCUCACUGUCAAUAAUUUAAUAGCAAAAUGAAUCAAACAGUAGGAAAUUUGACUGCAUUACUAUCUAGCCUAGAUAUUCCAAUAAAACCGGGACGUAUGACAUGGAAUACGCAAAGUUUUCGCAUCGCUUUUAUUGUGAUCAGUACUUUGAUCAAUUUCUUUGUUGCGCUAGUGAUUAAGUUUUCACGGCAGUUGCACUAUCCGCGCCAUUUGUAUUGGGUGGCAAUUUCGGUGGUUAAUCAGUUUUGCUUGAUCCAAGCAGUUACACAAAUAGUGUUCUACUUAAGCCGUAAUAACAGAGUGGCAUGCCAGAUUUACGUUUUCAAUGCAGGAGUGUUUUACACAAUUAUUUUAUCGUUCCUCGCCCUUGCGGCCCUUGAUCGCUACUUGGCCAUCACCCGCUACGAGUGGUACAAGGAGAAAGUGACGAAUCGAAGAACAAUUUACCUUUUAUUCUUCGUGUUCAUCGUGACGUACAUGGUGAUAACGAGUCCGUUUUGGUCCGGAUAUAAAAAUAUUAAAGAUUGUAAAAUUAAUCUCACCCAUGUGCAUGCUUACUUGAUCUACGAUCUAUUCCUGGGUAUUAUAUGCACUACAUUGCACGCCAUGAUUUUUAUCCGAUCACGAAAAAUCAUCAAUGAACAUCCACCAAAUUUUCGCCAUACAUCAAUCGCACUUCAAUUUCAUCCAACUGUUUCAAUGAAUUGCACUUCAGCAGCUGAGUUUCCUGUGGUUGUGGAACCUCGUCAAGGAGGAACUCCGAUUGAAAAUGGGACUGAUGCAACAGGCAACGAAGAUGCUCUUCGAAACCUUGAAUCUCAAUUGGAUGACACGCUCUGUUUCUCCUGGUUUACCAACCGUCCAAAACUCAAUCGACUUGAAAUUCGCGCCGCUUUAAGCAUGUCUAUUAAUAUGCUGCCUUUCUGGCUUUGUACUUUCCCGGUCACUGUGAAUGGCAUCGCUAUUUAUUGGUGUUAUUGUCUCCAAAUUAACUGCUCAGUAGCUCGUCGAAUUAACCCAUAUCUGAUCGAUUGGUUCACCAUCCACACUCUCUACAAUCCACUGAUGUACAUGUUUACUAGCAAAGAAUUCAAACGUGCCCUGUUGCAUUUAAAAGACAAAAUAAAAUUGUGUAACAUCCGCGCAUAAACAAUACGCGAAAUCCUAUGUCAA